UCCUCUAUAAAUGCCCGAAUUCUUACCCAUUCAACUCAGUUCAUCUGAAACAACAUAAUAAUCCUCUGUAAAUUCCCAAAUCAGCUCUCUUUCAUAGCAAUCCAAUAUUGUCUUGGAUCAAAACCCAACAAUGGCACUCAUCCCUAGUUUCUUCAGCGGCCCAAGAACAAACAUCUAUGACCCAUCUUCUUUCGACCUCUGGGACCCCUUUCAGGGCUUCCCCUUCACCUCCUCUGCUCUCACCAACACCCCAACCACUGCACGCGACACCUCUGCUUUGGUCAAUGCUCGCGUAGAUUGGAGGGAAACCCCAGAAGCCCAUAUCUUCACUGUUGAUCUUCCUGGGCUUAAGAAGGAAGAAGUAAAGAUUAUAGUUGAUGGAAAUGUUCUUCAGAUCAGCGGACAGAGAAACAGAGAGCAACAAGAGAAGAGCGAUGUGUGGCACCGAUUGGAACGUAGCAUUGGCAAGUUCUUUAGGAGGUGUAGAUUACCAGAAAAUACGAAGAAGGAUCAGGUGAAGGCAAAUAUGGAGAAUGGGGUUCUUACUGUGGUGGUUCCGAAACAGGAGAUGAAGAAACCUGAUGCUAAGCGCAUUGAGAUCUCUGGCUAA